AGAUUCCAGGCCAGGUGGUUUAUGAUGUGUGAACCAACAGGAUGUAACAGGUGUAGCUGAGAAAUGCAGGUUGAAGCAACUCUACAUGUGGACCUCAGCCUAUAUACCCAUCACCAUAUGGAUUUAGUCUUGUUUUUAAUCGAUUUGAUUAAGUUUUUUCAAUUUUUUUAACAGAAGAGUGCCAUGGUUGUUCCUUUUAUUUCAUUAGGUAUUUUGCUCCUACUGGUCACUGAUUGAAUGGUUGAUGGUGACACAUUUACGUUGUAAAGCAUUAAAUUUAAAUAAUCCCAGUUACUGAGCAAUUGAAAAUAUGUCAAAACCACACACUGUACAAGUUCAUCUUCAACUUUAAUGAGUUAACUAGAUAACCAAAUGAUGCAAACCCCUACAGGGCCGUCCCCGUGGAGGUGGAGCGAUAUCUGUCUCGUUAAACUCGUUAUGAGUGUUUGGCCUUGACUUGCUGCUUUCACACCUCUCUGAGCAGAGGGAGUCGUUAUGUCGGAAACAGACAGGCUUUCACACCUCUUCUCUUUAAGUUGUUAAUGAAUGGCAGAUUAAUGCGGCCUGGACUCCUCCCACAGGACCCAGAUAGCCCUUGUUUUCCACUGAACUGUGUCAUGUGACAGGCUGCUCAGUUGGGGCCCAAGCAACAGGUGUUCUCUCUGUAUUCUUUGGACUUUUAGAAAUCACAGUGUAAUUAUGUUAGAUGUGGUCAAAUGCCUUGUAAGACAUGUAUUAAAGAAAGGGAGCGAGAGAGAUGAAGGUUUUCUAUGUACAAUCUCUUCUGACAGCAAAUAACUGCAACACUAGAAAACAGAAAACACAGGAACCUUAUAACUGUCAGUUCUCGGAUCUGUAAUCUGAUGACAGCCAGUUCUCCAUUCUGUAACCUUUGAAUUUUCAAUAGAAUUUUUCAGUUACUGCUCCACCACUGCCAUUUUGCCCAUCAGUAUAAUCUGCAGGGUGGCAUUUCUUCAACCUUCAACUCAAAUUUAACAUGACAAUCACAUGACUUGCUCUGAGUAGACCUGCUUAGGCAACUCAGACCCAGUCUGAGUUAGACCCAUUCUGCUUAGGCAACUCAGACCAAGUCUGAGCAUGUGCAAUGCUACUGAAUGCAGAAGUUAGAUUUGUGGUAUGCAUUCAGUAUACACUGUUAAAAAUUAUUCCAGAUGGUCUGUAUGUGCCUCUGAAGGUCACUGCUUGGUUUAAAUAAGAGCGAUCGAUCUGCUACUGAAAACUAGACUAGAUUUUCAGAUAACUGAAACAGGCCAAGGUGAGGUCAUUUCAGCGAGGCCGUCAGAGCCGAUGCGGGGGUUAGAGACCCAACACAGAAGUCUGUGGGGCAGACAGUUCAUAAGUCUUUCCGCAGCUGGUGACAGAUGCACUGAUCAAAGUCUGUUCAAACACCAGGACGCCCGCGCUGGUGCAGUCCUGAUAAGAGCCCAGGGCCUCUCCUAGUUCCUGCUCAAAGUCCUUCCCAGCCCUUUCUAUAAAAGCUACCUCCAAGCUCCCAGUCCAUCCACGGCUCCCAGCAUGCACUUCUUCAGGUGGGCGCUGGCUCUCGCCUCGCUGGCUGUGCUCUGCGGGGCAGCAGUGGUGAUGGAGAACGGCCUCCCCAUUCUGUGGGGGAAGACAUCCAGCUUGCUGUCCAACCUGUCAGGGUCCAGGGAGACGGUCACACUGGACCCCUGGGACUACCCACAGAGGAUGGUCAUGUACAGGCUUUUGAUUAAUGCCUCUGACCCCUACAUGGGCUCCAUGGGUCCAGGGACCAAUCAGAACCCUCUCUGGGGGCUUCCUCUGCAACUUGCCUGGAAACUCAGAUCAGGCCGACUGGUGGAUCCAACAGGUGCGGACUCUUGUGGCCAGGAGGGAUCAGAGCAUGUGUGCAUCGCAGCCAGCAGCUGGUGGGGGUGUGUGAACUACUACCUGUCCGUCAUCCCGUUCCUGGCGGCGGUGGAGGCAGGUGUGGUGGGGGAGGGGCUGCCUCGGAUAGAGAUCCAGGUACCUGCCCAGGUGGCCCAGGAUUACUGUACCAGCACCAAAACCUGUUCCAGCCUCCACGCUGACGCCAUGGCCAAAUGGGUCACCUUCUUCCAGUCUCUAAAGGACAUAAGUGCAUCAGACAUGAGGGAAGAUGAGAAGAAGGAUCAGAUUCUGGGUCUGAUGUGGGCAGCUGAGCUGGCUUCUCUUAGCACGGCGUCUAACACCUGCGCUGAGAGGCAAGUUCUCGGACAGGUGAUCACAUGUCUGACAGGGGUGUCCCCAGACAGCCGUCUGAUCCUGAUGUGUCCCCCACGCAGGCAGAAACAGUACUCCGGCCUGGAGGGGUCCUUCAGCGAGAGCUGGCUGAGCUCCGCCCAGUACUUGGCCUCCACCCACUUCUUGUCCAGCGUGGAGAUGUCCGAGCUGCUCAUGGCCCCUCUGCCCGGCCGCGUGCUGCUGGACUCGGACAAGCCGCCCAACAUCGCUGAUCUCAGCGCUGAGGAAAACCACACCCUCUACGUCUUCAGUUGGAUAAACUCGGUUAACAAAUGGCUCGGUGGGUCCCUAACCACGCUGUGGCAGCGAGCCAUGUGCUCGAGCUCCGCCCGUGAGAAAGGUCGCGCCCUCCUGCAGGACGUUGCCCUGAACCCACGGUUUGCCUUGGCUAGUAUUUUCUCCAUUCUGACCGAGAUGGCCAUGGGCUGCUGAGAAGAGUGCAUGCUGG